AUGAAAUUCGCAACAUUGCUGCUGUGUGCGGCAUUUAUUGGUAGCUACGCCGUUGUAAAUGCCAAAAGUUCUGACCAUGAACAGCAAACAAAAACAUCGGCCUCAAGUGGCGUUGUUAAGCCGACAUCGGCUCCAUUGGUGACAUCAACUGUGGCUCCAACCAAAGCUCCCAAAGUGAGUCCCACCAAACCAAUGGUGGAAGCUAAACCCAUUAACAUGCCCGCCAUGGAUGGCGAUAUGUUGGAAAUGCCCAAAGAACUUAAACCCUUAGCUGUGACCGGCUUUAUUACUCAAAAUGGCAACAUCUAUGAAAUUGAAGACAAAGAUGGUAUUGGCAAAAUUGAGGGUCGCCAAAACACCGAACCCGAAGAACACAUUUGCAAUUAUGGCUCUGUUGUUGUUUACAGUGAUGUCCCAUGCGACCAGGUGACCAGUAUUAAAAUUAGUGAAUUCAAAAAACCCGCCAACAAAGACAAAGAAGAAGAGGAGGCCAAACCACAGGAAGAAAACCAAGCCAGUGAACAACAGGAUCAAAACCAAAAUAAAGAUGAACAAAAUGUAGAAAAUAAAGAUGAGAACAAAGAUAAAGAACAAGAUGGUGAAGAAGAACAAGAGGUUAAACCAGUCCGACGUCGUCCAAAUAGUAAGAAACCACGUAACAAGAAUAGAAGACGCCAACAAGCAAAUAAACGUCGUAACAGCAUUCGUCGCAGAAAUGGUCCAGCUAGACGUCAGGGUCAGAAUCAACGUCGCAGCCAAGACGAACAGGCUUUGGCCGAACGUAGACGUCGCCAGCAGCAGAAGAGACGUCGUCUACAACAAGCAAAUAACGGAGGUUAUCGUCGUCAGGGACAGAACAAACGUCGCCGCAAUGGUGGUGGUAACAGACGUCAACAGGUCUACAUUGAUGAUUACGAUUAUUUGGAUUACAAUCGUGGCCGUCAAUUUUAA